AUGAAUAUUAUUAACUACCUUUACAAUAAGAGCAAGAGCAUAUACAACAGAAACAUUAAUGCGUACAAUUACAAUAACAUAGAGAAUGAGAAUUUGAUAAGUAACUUUGUCGACAUUAGUAAUGGCUACAGCAAUCAUAGCUGCUCAUCCAAGUCGUCCUCGAGGACGCUGAUGGUGAGUGACAGGAGUGUGCGUACCGGUCACAGGAAAAAGGGCAAGGAGGAACGCCCUGCUGUGGUGAAAGCAGCUGGUCAAGCUGUUAGGUCAUCAGCUAGGUCAGCGGGCAGAGCAGUUACUUCUGCUAGCGCGUUGGGUAGGACGAUAAACCACAGCGACCGGAGUAAGCAAGAGAAGAACAUGGACAGCAGGGAAGAUGACCAAGGGGAGAAAUACAAAAAUUACGAAUUUAAUCUUCACAAUAUCGGAUUCGACUCGAAAGUGUAUAAAAACAGAUGUGAUGGAGUCUGUGUGCUCAAUGAUAACAUUUAUAUUUUUGACAAAAUAAAAAAAUGUAUAUAUUUGUACACCCCAUAUAAUAAUGUGUGGUAUAUAUUUUUAAACAUAUGUGAAGAAAUGUCGGUGAAUAAAAAUGGGAAUUUCGAGUUAACAAAUUUUUAUUCGAAGAAGAGUCAGGAACAAACUAUCGAAGGAGGCUUCCAUCACCUGAACAACAUUUCUUUUAUGAACUACACAGAUGUGGUUUACCUGAAUAAUUGUAUUUUUAUCAUUAGUAGUAACUGUCAUUUUAUGAAUUUUUGUAAAGUUAAUAUGAUCAAUAUGAAUACCCUCUUUGGUACCAUUGUGGUAGAGUCCGCGCAAAACAACUUUGCUGAUUUUGCGGAGUUGUUACGUAUGUUGAGGGGGGAUAAGACGGAUAGGACUGAACAGGGCAAUGUCAAUGACCAUCAGAUUGACCACAUGGGGGAACCAUCCAAUUGGGAUGCGAAAGCGGGCGGAUCCUCUACCCUUCAAGAAACGACAAGAAGACCGAAGGAGACGAACCCUACCGUUACAUGUGUGGAACAAACAAUGUGUAGUGACGAAGCCGGUAUGGUGGAGAAUGAUCACAUCCAGGAUAAACACCGUCGAAGGGGCGAUGGCAACACCCAAAGGCAACGCAGUUCUGACACCCAAGGUAGCCACUCCGACGAGUACGUCAGUGGAAUUUCAGAAUUUUCCGAAUUUUCCGAACUUUCCGAAUUGGGUGAAUUUUCUGAACUUUUUCCGAAUGAAGAGAAAAAUUAUUUUAAAAAAAUGAAGAGAGUGAUAAAGGCUCGAGAUUUCUUUUCCAUCUGCAGCGUUAACGAUAGUUGCUACUCCUUGAUUUACCUUUUUGGUGGUAAAGGAAGUACCAUCAAAAGGGCCAAUGAAUAUAUUGAUAUUAUAUAUAACGAUUUGUACGUUUACGAUUUUUAUCGAAAUCGGUGGAUGGAGUUGUACCAAUAUAGGUGUGAUCAAGAAGGGUGUGCCCCUGAGGAGCGGACGAAUCCAGAGGAGGCGUAUCAGGACAAUUCUCUUUUACGUACCUACUUAGAUGAGUCCACCGGAAUAAGGGGGGAUUGCGGCAACACUCUUUCUUUUAAAUCAGGUGGUAUUGUUUCCCCCCUAGGUACACAGAACGAACACACGAUGGAAAAUGACACCAGAAACGGAGAAGAAUGUUUUAACGACAGUUUUUUUUUGCUGAACUCGAAUGAUGCGUUUAGCAAUGAUAACACGACGCAGUUGAGUAAGGUUAAGAUGGAUGAGGGAAUGGAAAACACGAAGGAGAGCCUGCGCCGGAAUGUAGGUACGGUGGAUAGCAUAGCCACCGUUGCUACCUCCACUGCGGAAAGACAUAUCGAUUCGUUUAGCCAAACGAAGGGGGGAUCAUUGGAUAGGCAUUGUAUAAAUGGGGAUCGAAGGGAAGUUGCAAAGAAAGAGGAAGAAGAGGCGAACGAGACCUGCUCUGAUUUGUACAACCUCAUUUUUGACACUCACGAAGAAGCCACGGAUGCAAAAGCUAGAAAUGCAGAAUUCCGAGAUAUUCACCGUGAAAGUACUCCUGUGGAAGAACCCCAACAGAUAGGCACGAACAUCUACCACGAGCGCAAUGACCCACCCUGUAAAGACUGCAUGCAGAGGAAGAAGUGUAAAUAUAUCUGCGACCUUAUAUCAAACGGAGUGAAGAUACGAAGUAUCCCUUGGCUUGGAAAGAGAGCAGGGCAUUCCUGCACGUAUUAUAAAAAUAACCUGUACAUAUUUGGAGGCAUCAGUUAUUACAGCUUUAAUAGGAACAAAAUAAACCUGAAAUUUUGCGACAAUUUAUUCCUAUAUAAUAUUCAAUCCAAUAAAUGCUUUGAAAUUAUGGCGAAAGGAAGUAUACCGGAGAAGAGGUACCGACAUGGAUGUGUCAUCAUUAAUGAUUAUAUGUUCAUAAUUGGUGGAGAGUGCAAGAGUUCCUCUUUACCAAGGAACGAUUUAUUUUUUUACGAUUUUAAAACCUCUGUGUGGACAGAAGUUGUUAUUAACUCCAAGGUGGGGUCUCAUUCGUUGUACAAAACCGUGUGGCUGGAGAAUUUCGGGUCGAUAUAUAUGUUUGGCUCGUCCAUUUUGCGUCUCACGAAGAAGAACUUCCAGUACACCCCCUCGUACAAGAAUAACAACAAGAGGGUGGAGAACCGGCGCUUCUGA